GUCUUCUCCACUAUGCCAGGCGGUUCAGAAUUUUACUUCAAUGUGAAUCAUGGAUACCUAGAAGGGCUGGUGCGAGGCUUUAAAGGUGGAAUCUUGAAGAAUGCUGACUAUGUCAACCUAGCACAGUGUGAAACUCUGGAAGACCUGAAAUUACACCUACAGACCACAGACUAUGGAAAUUUCUUGGCUAAUGAAACUGGUCCUCUCACAGUUUCCAUCAUUGAUGAUAAACUAAAAACCAAACUACUGACCGAAUUCACAUACUUCAGAAACCAUGCGUUUGAGCCACUUUCCACAUUCCUAAAUUAUGUAACGUACAGCUAUAUGAUUGACAAUGUGAUUCUGCUCAUUACUGGCACAUUGCAUCAGCACCCUGUAGAAGAAAUGGCCGUCAAGUGCCAUCCUUUGGGUCGUUUUGAGCAGCUGGAAGCUGUCAGCAUUGCUCUGAACCCCGCAGAGCUGUUCAACGCAAUCUUGGUAGACACACCUUUAGCUGCUUUUUUUCAAGACUGCCUGUCUGAAAAUGACCUUGAUGAAAUAAACAUUGAAAUUAUGCGCAACAAACUGUACAAGUCUUACCUUGAGGCAUUCUAUACAUUCAGCAAAAAACUAGGUGGUACUACAGCGGAAAUAAUGUGCCCCCUUUUAGAGUUUGAAGCGGACAGGCGCGCCUUCAUCAUCACAAUUAAUUCAUUUGGCACUGAACUAAGCAAAGAAGACAGGCAGAAGCUGUAUCCGACAUGUGGGAAGCUGUAUCCAGAAGGCUUACGUCUGCUUGCCAAUGCAGAGGAUUACGAGCAAGUCAAGGGCGUGGCGGACUACUAUGGUGAAUACAGGGCUUGCUUUGAAGGGAUCGGAGGUGGAACUGGAGAAAAAACAUUAGAAGAUGCAUUUUUUGAACAGGAGGUCAGAAUGAAUGUACUGGCAUUCAACAACCAGUUCCAUUUUGGAGUUUUUUAUGCCUAUGUGAAGUUGAAAGAGCAAGAAUGCAGAAAUAUUGUCUGGAUUGCUGAAUGCAUCUCCCAGAGGCACCGAACAAAAAUUAACAACUAUAUACCUAUUUUCUGAACUGGAUACUCAUGAUGCAUGUGAACAGUAGCACCUCCCUAUUAAAUU